AAGACUUUCAUUUCCCUCAAGCUCUCACUGUGCAGGGGUUUUCCAUGACCAGCACAGGGAUGAAUGCAGUCAGCAUGAGCUAGAGGUGAGUGCUUGUCUUCCAACCUGGCAGCAGGGCUUCAGCUCCCUAAAUCCCUGUUUGCUCUGCAUUGUCUCAUGCCCUGUUGCGAAACCACGUUCGAGGCAAGAAGAAUGAGAGAGUUUGUUGUUGGCUUUCCCUGGGGGCUGGAGCAGAGGCUCAGCACUGCCCUGCCAGUCCCCUCCUGCCGGUGAGGUGCUCUCCUCGCUCUCCUGCCUCUGUUGGGUUUGUAUCCCGGUAACUUCGCUUGUGCUCAGGUGCACAGAACUCCCUGCGGUCCCUGGAGCUCUGGGAAGCAUGAACAAAACUCAUCCCCAGAGAAACGGUGAUGUAGCUACUUUUGGUUCAACAGAGUCCUCCUCUGGAGAAAGAGGCUGCUGCCAUCCAUGUGGUGCCCGUGCUGGCUGCACACAGAGACACCUCUGCAUCUCUGCCCUGGCACUGCUCGUCCUUGCCGCCGCCGCGGCCUCGGCGGUGGCAGCCCUGGCACUCCUGCCACGGGCACCAGUGAACCGCCUCUGCACAGCCCCUAAUAACAGGACAGGCUUCUUGUGUGAUGACAGAGUGACUUGUGUCCCUGCCAGCUGGGUCUGUGACAGGGUCAGCAACUGCAGGAAUGGAGAGGAUGAGCAGGAGCAGCUCUGUGGUGACUUGCCCCACAGCCUGCCAGGAUACCUGGUUUUCUACUGCAGCAACCCCAGGUCCUGGGUUUAUGCUGACCAGAGGUGUAACGGGAUGAACGACUGCGGGGACUGCUCGGACGAGACGUGGAGCUUGGCUGCCUGCCCCCCGUGCGGGCAGGAGUGGUGGAGCUGCAGCCCUGUGCACUUCGAGUUCUGCUCCUGCAUCCCCAGGAGGCUGUGCCGGGACGGAAUCCAGCACUGCCUGGGCUGGUCCGACGAGUUCCUCUGCACAGCCUGAAUCCUGGCACCUGUCCCUGCUGGGGACAGCAGAGUGCUUCCCACUCGUCACCCUGGAGCCUUGGGGUCCUGUCCUGCCAGCCCUUGGGAAGCUCCAGCCCGAGCA